AUCUGUUUCUGGCGAGGAGGGGGAAAAAGGUUUCCCAAAGAGAGCACCAAGCAGAGAGAGAUCAGAAGUAUGAAGAGUGGCAGUAGUGCUGCUGCCGCCGGGCUGCUCAGGCGAGGAAAGCAGGACGGGCUGCAAGAGGAGAAGAGCUGUGGGGCAUUGCGCAGAGAAAGUAGCACCACUGGUUAAAGGAUGUGCACCGCCCUGAGCCCAAAGGCCCGAGGCCCUGGCCUCUCCGAUAUGCACCAGUAUAGCCAAUGGCUGGCGAGCAGGCAUGAGGCUAAUUUGCUACCGAUGAAGGAGGAUUUGGCCCUGUGGCUGACAAACCUGCUGGGAAAGGAAAUAACCGUUGAGACCUUCAUGGAGAAAUUGGAUAAUGGUGCUUUGCUCUGUCGGCUAGCAGAGAAUUUACAGGAGAAAUUUAAAGAAAACUGCAUUGAGGUCAACAAGUUUGGAAAGAUAAUGCCCGUGAGGAAAAUUCCAUGCAAAGCCAAUGCACCAUCUGGAUCUUUUUUUGCACGAGACAAUACAGCAAAUUUCUUAUCCUGGUGCAGAGAUGUGGGAGUGGAUGAUACUUGUCUAUUUGAAUCUGAAGGUUUGGUCCUUCACAAGCAACCGAGAGAAGUAUGCCUUUGUUUGCUCGAACUUGGAAGGAUUGCUGCCAGGUUUGGCGUGGAGCCUCCUGGAUUAAUCAAACUGGAGAAAGAGAUUGAACAAGAAGAAACACUUUCAGCCCCUCUUCCAUCCCCUUCACCCUCCCCAUCAAAGUCGCCUGGCAAAAAGAGCACAGGAAAACUCCUGGAUGAUGCGGUCAAACAUAUUUCUGAAGAUCCUCCUUGUAAAUGCCCUAGUAAAUUUUGUGUGGAGCGUCUUUCACAAGGGAGAUACAGAGUUGGAGAGAAGAUCCUUUUCAUCAGGAUGCUCCACAACAAACAUGUGAUGGUUCGUGUAGGAGGAGGAUGGGAGACAUUUGCAGGGUACUUGCUGAAACAUGACCCUUGCCGAAUGCUGCAAAUCUCUCGAGUGGAUGGGAAAACCUCCCCGAUCCAGAACAAGUCUCCAACCAUCAAGGAGAUGAAUCCAGACAGCUACUUGGUUGUUUCUGCCCAUUACAAAACCAAAAAGGAGAUUAAGUGAAAUUUUCAUUCAGGACUCUGUAUAUGUAGGCCUACGUUAUCUUCUUCAGUGUAAUCAAAUUAGUUGGUGCUUUAAAAGGACUUCUGAAAAUUACAUGCAGACUGGAAAUGGCAAGCCAUUUUGUGGGUUGUUGAACUGUAGAACUAUUUAUUUCUAGUACUGUUCCUUUUUAUAGCAAGUUACCCUUGAUAGGUUUAAUUACUUCAAUCUGAUUUUAAAAAAUAGACAUAUAUUUUUACCCAAAUUAUUACUCUAUGAAUGUAUUCUUAGAAUGACUUAAACACUGAUUCACAUUAAAGUAAUAAAAUGUGAUCUAUUUGUAUGAGAAAAUUUCUGAUUCUCAAUCAUUUGCCCCAGUCCAGAAUUCUGUGUCGCUCUGUGGCAGAGCACAUGAUUGGCAUUCAGAAGGUUCCCAGUUCACCUCCAGCUGAAAAAUAAAAUAAAAAUAAAAACUGGGGAGCGGAUAAUGGGAAAUAUCUCUGUCUGAGACCUUGCAGAGAUGCUGCCAGUCAGAGUAGACAAUGCUAGGCCAGAUAAAUAAUUUGACCUGGUAUAAGAGUUUUCUCUGUUCUUCUGACACGCACUGUGAACUCCUGUGUUUAUAGCUGCCUCAUUCAUGGAUGAGACCUGAAUUUUUUAAAUGUAUUCUUCUGUGUACUCUCAUCUAAUCUCUCCUCUGAAGUUAAAGGGAUACUCUUAUAGUCAGGAGAAUUUCAUACUCGCAUCAGAUAGCCCUGUGCCUAUCAGCAGUUGCUGUAACAGAAUGUUCAUUACAGAAGAACGACAUACAUAUCGAUUGUGUGCAAACCGAUGGAAAAUACCUGCUGUUCUUAACAUCUGUGUAUUGUCUUAAUAUGCAGCCUUUUCCAUUUUGGCAAUAUAUGUGUGGCAGUAUAGUCUGCAUAUAAUAUUUUGGUUACCAAGUUGCACAUUAUGGAAGGAGUAGACAAUAUUUGCAUCUUCCAGCUGUUAUUGGACACCCGUUCCCAUUGGCCUCAACCUGCAUGACCAAUGGUUAGAGAUGAUAGGAGCUGCAGUCCAACAAAAUCUGGAGGGUAUCAGGUUGAUCACUCCUGCAAUUACACCAAGAACACCAUGACUUUCCUUAUCCUCUCUCUUUUCCCCUCUAAAUGCUGCCGCGGGAUAUGGGCUGCUAGUUUGAUCUGGGAAACAGCACAUUGGGUAGGUGCAGUUAACCCUUUACCUUCAAGCCAUUUUUUUUAACUGUUGAAAAAUCUUC